CUUGGAUUUUAUUUUUUUUACUUGCCUCCGAAGAUCUCUACAAUUAUUGCCAUGGAGUGGCGGAUUCUCUACCUAAAAGGCAACACGGAAAAAGUUUUGUGGGAAGCUCAGGAAGACCUAUGGAUCCCGACUUCCUUGGGACUUACGGGAAGAAUUUGGGAUUUGGUAGGAUCCAUGCAGUGAGAGAUCCUCUGCUUUGGACCUGCUUGGCUGAUCAGGCUCUCCAGAGGCUGAACCUCUUUUCUGUACAGCCUGUAUUUGGAGGAGGGCAAGGGGUCAGACCCUAAAGGAGUUGCGAGAGCCUUAAGCCUCAACACUGAUGAACUGAGGGAUGAGUACAGGUAGAGUCAACUCUUACAGCAUUGUAUCUUCUGAGGAAGACGGGUUGACUUUAACCACCAUGCCUGGAGCGAAUGGCUUCGGCAACGGCAAGAUCCACACGAGGAGAAAAUGCCGGAACCGGUUCGUGAAGAAGAAUGGCCAGUGCAACGUUGAGUUUACCAACAUGGAUGACAAACCUCAAAGGUAUAUCGCAGACAUGUUCACAACGUGCGUGGACAUUCGUUGGAGAUAUAUGUUGUUACUCUUCUCCCUCGCCUUUCUGGUCUCCUGGUUGUUAUUUGGUCUUGUUUUUUGGCUGAUAGCACUCGUGCACGGAGAUCUGGAGAAGCCGAUGGGCGACGAAACGUUCACACCUUGCCUGCUGCAAGUGAACGGCUUUGUCGCCGCUUUCCUGUUCUCCAUCGAGACUCAGACGACUAUCGGCUAUGGGUUCCGUUGCGUGACGGAGGAAUGCCCUCUAGCCGUCUUCAUGGUUGUCCUCCAAUCCAUUGUGGGGUGUAUAAUAGACUCUUUCAUGAUUGGUGCAAUCAUGGCAAAAAUGGCUAGGCCCAAGAAAAGGGCCGAAACCUUACUCUUCAGCCAUCACGCUGUCAUCGCCAUGAGAGACGGCAAGCUUUGUCUGAUGUGGAGGGUGGGUAAUCUUCGAAAGAGCCAUAUUGUUGAAGCUCACGUACGAGCUCAGCUAAUUAAGCCCCGCAUCACCGAGGAAGGGGAAUACAUCCCACUUGACCAAAUAGAUAUUGAUGUCGGGUUUGAUAAAGGCUUGGACCGUAUAUUCUUGGUGUCUCCUCUCACCAUCCUUCAUGAAAUCACUGAAGAAAGCCCUCUGUUUGGGAUUGGCCGGCAGGAUUUGGAAAACGAUGAUUUUGAAAUCGUGGUCAUCCUGGAGGGUAUGGUGGAAGCCACCGCCAUGACAACCCAAGCCCGGAGCUCCUACUUGUCCAGCGAGAUCCUUUGGGGCCACCGCUUUGAGCCUGUCUUGUUUGAGGAGAAAAGCCAAUACAAAGUGGACUACUCGCACUUCCACAAGACCUACGAGGUCCCGUCGACCCCCUGCUGUAGUGCCAAGGACUUGAUGGAAAACAAAUUCCUCCUCCCGAGCACCAAUUCCUUCUGUUACGAGAACGAACUGGCCUUCAUAAGCCGCGACGAGGAGGAGGAGGAGGAGGAAGAUGAUGACAGUAGGGGCUUGGAUGAUCCAAAUUCAGACACUCAACCUGAAUUCGACAGGCUUCAGGCUACAGUGGCCCUCGAUCAAAGGUCAUACAGAAGGGAAUCGGAAAUAUGACCCCGGGGCCCUGUAACUGUUUCCUGAGGGCACCCUUCUCCUCUGUUCCUCUUCCCCUACUAAAAAAAAAUUUAAAUUAUGCAGAACAAUGCAAGUGCCAUAGGGAUGCCUGAGAAUUAGUUUGGUAUGUAAUUUUGGGUUGGUUGUGUUUGUUUGUUUGCUUUAGUUUCAUUGCAAUAACCACUGAAUGGCCAAGGCAGGGGGAUCUCAAGGGGCCUCAAAGUGUUGUAAUCGUACAGUAUUAAUAAAGCUGCUUAGACAGUAUUGGAGGGCAGAGUCAAUACGGAGAGACCCAGUGCUUGACCUGGAUACUCUGCAUAGAAGCUCAGGCUGCAGAUAGAGUGAGAGAUUUAGAUUUAGUCCCCCUUCCGAGAAAACGGAGGUAAAAGGAAGAAGAAUAUGUCAGCAAAGAAAACCUUGUGCAUGUUGUUGUUUUAAAAACUUAACAAAACAUGUUAUAACUAAAUACAAUUAUAGACGUUAACUGCCAGGAGAUGUGAUUCAGUUGCACUAGAUGAACACUUGAAGUUAUGCACCCUAAUGUACCCCUUUUCAAUUUAGGGGAAAGAAAAGGGGUAUGUAUUUUUCCAACUUCCCUCUUGGGAAACUGCUUACCAAAAAGGUUUGGUUUUUUUCCACCAGAAAUGUGAUUACUUUUUAAAGAAGGGAGAAAUGGGAAUGGAGCUGGCAUUGUACCAAGCUGCCGUGGGUCAAGGAUGUUUAUUUUUGAAGAUGAAUAUUUUCUUCUAGGAAAACAUUUCAGGUAUUUUCAUCAUCCAGUGGCCUAAAAAAAAAAAAUCAAGGGGAGCUUUCCCACAAACCAUAUGGAGGAACUUAAAAAACACACCAACAUUUGUAAGGGAGGGGGUAUUGUUGAGAACUUCCCAGAUCUCACUGCCCACUGAUUCUCCCCGCAAAUGGGGACCCUCUGAGAUAUUUCUCUCCAGUCAGGCUGCAAGACUUGAAGUAAGUCUGAUGAAGUUAUUGGGGAAUGGUCCUUGGUGUGUUGGAGGGAGGAUGGGAUAGGCUAGCAAGGGUCAAAAGGUAUGAGAAAGACUAAGAACUCCUCUUUCCACCCAUCAAUUCUUCCCUAGAAAUAUCCUCCCCACAUUAACAUCACCUCAUGAAAUUCAGAAUGUCAGUUUGCUGAGGUAACAUAUGGUUUUCCCCUUAGCUAAUAGAAAACUAGGCCUUGUUUGGCAGAGGCUGUUGUUCCGUAGAUUUUCUGAUAGAUUUCAAGGAUAAUUAAUAUAUUUGUAGGGGGGGGGGGAUUACUUUCCAAGAAGGAAUGUGUUGACCUCUUUAAUGUUCUGCACCCUGUUUUUGUCCCACCCCCAUUUUUUGACUACCCAACAAAAAAGGACCAGAUCUUCAACCAGUAUGAAGAUCUCGUGUCGUUCUGUCAACAUCACUGGAAACUCAAUCACUGGGUGCCCGUUUGGCUGGCAUCUCCUCCUGUCAAAAUAGAUGAAACAAAAGGGGCUGACAGGAAAAAUAUUUUCCUUAAAGAGAAGCUACUCGCGAGCUUUUUUUAAAAAAAACAUGGAUCGUCUGCUUUCUCUGAGGUAGUCAGAGGAGUUGCCAACUUUUCAAUCGACUCCUUUCAGCUGUGCCUGACAGCAGCUUCAAAUGCAAACAAUAGCAGGCUGUAAUGCUGACACUGCCAGUUGACUUCUGUAUGUCAAACCACUGUAAAAAGGGACAAGUGUUGUUUUGUCCUGGUUAGUUGGCAACACUAAUGGUCAGUGGACUGCCUAUGUAUGCCUUUAUCCCCAAUACGGGUAUGGAACCCAGAAAAGGUAAUACAGUUGCAGAGCUUCCCCAGCUGUUACCUAUCAGCAAACCCUUACAAAACCAAGCCCCUCCCAGUCCAGAAUGGACUUAAAACACUGGGGGGAAAGGAGGGAUAUGCCCUUUAUCACCAGUCAGUAUCCAUCAUCUCAGGGCAAAAUCUGGACUCACUUUGCAUCCUGAUUUUUUUCUUUUAAACUGAGCCACAGAGAAGUCUGACUCCUGGAUUUUUGCAAUAAUACUCUUUUGAGACUUUUUGAUAAUUUCUAACAUCUUCCCUUGUAGACCACUUGGAGGUGACUUUAAUGGAAUGUCAGGGUAGAAGUCCUUUAAAAUAUAUGGCUCGACUGAGUUCUUCACAUAAUAGUUAAUUAAAUCUGCCCUGGUGGCAGGCGUACCGAGGUGCUGGUCAGCUCAUGAGAAUCGCAAAAGCGGGCCAACCCUCAGAUGUAUAGACCAGUUUUAAAUUUAGGGAAAAUAUUUCCUAGAGGACCAUGUGUACAUUUCCAAAGAUUUACAUUCAUUCUUUUGAGGCUCUUAAAAUUACUUCCCCCCUCUCCAUAACUAUGAAGAUGAAGCACGGGG